AUUACAGCAAUAAUUUUCCAGGGCCUCAAAUUUGUGCAUAAUUCUUUCCAAAGCUGAGCGUCAGUUUUCCUCCAAACACAACAUCCAAACAAAAUUUUUUAUAUUUUUAUUUCAUAAUAGGUUAUUUUACCUAGGACGGACAUUAUGGAUUUAAAUACAAUCUCAUCAUGAGUGUUUACUACAUUUUGAUAUUUUUAACUGUGAUCAGGGCAGUGCUACAAUAUUAACAGUUCAUUGUUGUUGUCAUUAAAUUAUUUAAACAGUACAGGAUGGACUAAAGAUUUCUGUAACUACAAAUGUCAACGAAUGACGAGCUUUUUACACAUACUCUGAUGUAUCUUUUCGCUUUACUAUUUUAUUGAAGCUACUUUUGUGCAGCGUCUCGGUCUUUUAUUUUGAAAAAUGAAUUAUUUCGCACACUCAACAGCUGUCAUCGUUGCUGUUUUCACGCAUACUGCCGCUUGUUGAUACUGUGUCACGAAACGAAAGCUGAGUGAUAAUUGCGAUAGUCGACACAUUAUUAUUUCUGGCCAGUAGUACUUUAUUAAUAGUUUUGUGUAGAUUUACACAGGGUUUUGACUCGAGUCUCAUGGCCGAGUACUGUAGUUAGUUUUUUAGCUUACCAGCAAUGGACUCUGUGUGAGAUAUUUAGCAAGGCAACCGGCAUGUAGUAGAUAUUUAAACCAACACACGAUAGCUCUUUAAAACCUUGGUGCCUAUUCCGAUGUUUUGUUAUCAGAAUACUGUUGAAUAUCUUAACAUCUUUGAAUUAUAAUUUUACACUACAUCUUGGACCGAAAAUACGGACGAAAAUUCCUACUGUAACUUACCUAUCUACAAAACUGCUGCUUCAAGCUAUGGCCGAAGAAAACACCCAAUUUUGCAGUAACUGCAAACAUGACAUUCCAGAAGCAAACUUCACUACACAUGAGAUUCACUGUCGGAGGAACAUUUCUCUAUGUGAUGUGUGCCAGGAGCCUUUUCCUCGUGCUGAACUUGUGCAGCACAAAGAGAUGGAUCAUGCAAAGGAACAAUGCAAAUGUGGAUUAAAGGUAGAGAAGAGGUUCAUGGAGACCCAUCAGAGGUCAGAGUGCAGUCAGCGAUUGGUCCCGUGUCAGUUCUGCGAUCUGGAGCUUUCCUUCUGCCAGUCAAAAGAGCACGAAGAGUACUGCGGGACCCGCACCGAGCCCUGCCUGGUCUGCAAGUGUAACGUUAUGCUGAGAGAGCGAGACGUCCAUCCAGCCCUGUGCGGUAGCCUGACUCCCCCUCAGGAGAGGCACAGUGGUAGGGCAGGGUCCCAGUCUCCUGGAGCAUGGUUUGAGACUCACUCCAUCCAUAACUUGUUGAGGGCCCAGGAGAGGAGCCACAAUAAUAACAACACUGGGGCAGCAGACCGCCGGGGCCCACCAAGACCCUUAGAGGACAGACUUCACAAUAGCACCAGAGGAACAGUGUGGGCAGGAACCCGGAGAAACACAGAAAGGAGCCACAAUGAAUUUUCUUAUUUGCUGGAUCAGGAAGCAGAGCUGGGAAACAACAACAACAGUCUGCUGUGGUCACUCGGCCAGCUGCCAGACUACGACUCCUCCAGUCUGGACUACAUGCUGGCCCUCAGCCUGCAAAGUGAAGGUGACUUGGAGGACCCUGGGUGUCAGGAGGGUGUAUGGACCGAUGUGUGGGACAAUCGGCUGGGAAGGACACCAGCCCAUAGCAAUCUGGCUCCCUCCAGCACUAACAACAACAGCACUGCUGCUCCCCCAAAAACCAAUACGGCCCCAGCACAUAGCCCUUCGUCAAGCAUCAUGCUUCCUUGCGAGUUCUGUGAAGAACUCUUUCCGGAGGACGACCUUAUCUUGCAUCAGACUGGCUGCAGCCCCGCCUCUGCUAUAGCUUCCUUCAGUAAACAGGCUCCCUCCCUUCACUAUGAAGAUGUCAUCACUCACGACGCUGGUCAUGUCAUUCCUCCUCGGACAUCCAGUCCGCCCACCCUGCCCCUUUCUGUUUCUCCGCUCUCAUACAGUUCCUCCUCCAGCCCUGUUGAGGGCGACGUGCUCAUUCCUUGUGAGUUUUGUGGAGUUGCCUUAGAAGAGAAUGUGCUCUUUCACCAUCAGGAUAAGUGUGAUAUCCGGCCCCAGACAGCUUAUUCAAUAGAUGGAGUGUCUCCACGGAAACCAUACCACCAAGACGCCCCUGAGAAGAGAUCUCCUGAGAGGCAGAGGAGAGUGAGACAUCAAGCCGACCCGGGUAAGGAGCUUUUUCAGCCGACAGCUCAGGGGUGGCAGAAAGACUCCUCAGGUUUGGACCAAUGGAAGCCUUCAGCCUAUGGUUACACCAAGAACACAAAUGCUGAGCAGCAGGUGAAGAGCAGAAACCAAAGGCGCAAAGUUGUUGAGGCUAAUGCUGUACUGGGUGAAAGCCUCAGGCCCCAUACUGGAGCCACUUCUGGACCUCCUCACAGAGAAAGACUGGAAGGUCGAAGUAGUGAGAAAAAUGCAGAGACACCAAAGGUGCCUAAAAAACAUAAUGUUGAGAAAGAGGAGGAAUAGAGGAUCAACCAAACCUUUGACUCAAAUUUGUUGAUAUUGUGUGUCUUUGGCUUGUAAAUGUAUUUGUUUGGUUGCACUAGUUUUUCCUUCUUUUUCCAAAGUGAUUGUAUGUCAUUUUAAAUGUUUAUGAUUUAGGCUUUUUAAUAUUUAAAUCUUUCAAAGACAUACUUAGAGAAAUUGUUUAUAUUUUAUUGUUUAAUGUACACACGUUCAAAUAUGCUUGUAUAAAAAUGGCAUUCUUUUCGAUCCUGACAGUUUUUGUACUGUGUUAAGAAAGAAAACUCAUAUUAUGAAUAUUUAAAAAUCAUUUGACCAUUCUGUUUUAAGUCUGUCUCUGUUUUUUUUUAAUUGGCUACAUUGUUUAACUAUCACAUGUCUUUACAAUAAAACGUGGGACAUCAGUCCCAGUGAUUUGCUUUCUCUUAUCCCAGCCUGCACUGUAAUCAAUGAGCAUUUUAACAGUCAGUAGUUCGUAUGAACUCAUCUUUAUCACACAUUUGUUGACAAGCCAAUACGAUGGUUCCUAAAGUUGAUGUGUUUACAGAGGGGUUGUGAAAUAAAUAUACACUAUGUACUGCAUGUAUGUAUAUAUCUUUACCACUAAUUAAAAAACAGCAAAAACGUAGUA